AAUAAAAAGGAAAAAAGUGACACAAGCUGUCAGUCGCAAGACGACUAGCAAGAAGCAGCCACCAACAUGCCUGAGCCCACAGAAGAAGUAAAGCCAGCAGAUGAAGGUCCAGCUGAGGAUGAAGUAAAGCCAGCAGAUGAAGGUCCAGCUGAGGAUGGGCGAACAGAGUUAACAGGACUGUUUUUGGAGAAGCCAGAAAGUGUGGAAGUCUACGCAGGUAAAGAUGUCACAUUUGUGGUUAAGUUGGACUCCACCAACCUGACACGUAAACCCGUUAUGAAGUGGUUAAAGGGGAAGUGGAUGGACCUGGGCAGCAAAGCGGGAAAACACAUCCAGAUAAAAGAGACAUAUGAUAGAAACACCAAGAUCUAUACCUAUGAGAUGAAGAUCAUCAAGGUCGUCCCAGGAGACGCAGGCCGAUACAGAUGUGAAGUGACUGUGAAAGACAAAUGUGACAGCUGCACUUUUGAUAUCACUGUACAGGCUGCUGAUCAAGAAGAGAAGGAAGAUAUUCUGUCUGCCUUCAAAAGAGCGGACGCUGGUGAGGAUGACGGAGAUCUGGACUUUAGCGCUCUUCUCAAAGCAGCAAAAAAGAAAAAGAAGGUAGAACCUGAGAUUGAAGUGGACGUUUGGGAGCUCCUGAAGAGCGCUCACCCCAGCGAGUACGAGAAGAUUGCGUUUAAGUACGGCAUCACUGACCUGCGGGGAAUGCUGAAGAGACUGAAGAAGAUGAAGAGCGUGGAGCCCAAGGCCGUCGCUGCAUUCUUAAAAUGUCUGGAGUCGGCGUACUCCGUUGAUAAAGGGAAGAGGAUCGUCCUGUCUGUGGAGGUCGCUGAUCCUAAUGCUGAGGUCAAAUGGCUCAAAAAUGGCCAAGAGAUCAAACCCUCUACCAAGUACAUCAUGGAGUCUAUUGGGAACAUUAGAAAGCUCACGAUCAAUAAAUGCAGUCUGGCUGAUGAUGCGGCGUAUGAAUGUGUUGUCGGGACGGAGAAAUCCUUCACUGAAGUCUUUGUUAAAGAGCCACCGGUGACCAUCACUAAACUGUUGGAUGACUAUCUUGUUCUGGUUGGAGAACGAGUGGAGUUCGAGAUCGAGGUGUCUGAAGAGGGAGCACAUGUCAUUUGGAUGUUUGAGGAUGUGGAGCUAUCUCGUGAUGAUAAAAAUUCAAAGUAUCGUUUUAAGAAGGACGGGAAACGCCACUGUCUUAUAAUCCAAGAGGCGACACUGGAAGACAGUGGGAUGUACUUUGUUUACACCAAUGGAGGCAGAUCGAAGGCAGAGCUUAUCGUUGAAGAUAAGGAACUGGAGGUGUUGCAAAGUAUGGCAGACCUUACGGUUAAAUCUGCAGAACAAGCCAUGUUUAAGUGUGAGGUGUCCGACGAAAAGGUCACUGGGAAAUGGUUUAAAGACGGCGUGGAAGUUCAAGCCAGUGAUCGUAUCAAAAUUUCCCAUAUCGGCAGGAUGCAUCGUUUGACCAUUGAUGACGUAAAGCCGCAGGAUGCUGGAGAUUACAUGUUUGUCCCAGACGGCUAUGCGAUCUCACUGUCCGCCAAACUCAACUUUCUGGAAAUCAAGAUCGACUAUGUUCCCAGACAAGAUCCUCCAAAGAUCCAUUUGGAUGUAACUGGAAGCAUGGUUUCCCAGAACACCAUCAUUGUCGUUGCUGGGAACAAGUUGCGUCUGGAUGUGGAGAUCACGGGAGAGCCCGCCCCAACCGUCUGCUGGAUGAAAGGAGAUAAUCCAGUGACAGAAGCCGAGGGGCGCAUCCAUGUGGAAAGCAGGAAAGAUCUGAGCAGCUUCGUCAUUGAGGGAGCAGAACGAGAGGAUGAGGGCAACUACACCAUCACCGUCACCAACCCAGCAGGCGAAGACAAAGCCAACCUCUUCGUUAAAAUUGUUGAUGUUCCUGACCCUCCAGUGAAUGUCAAGUGUACUGCAGUAGGAGAAGAGAUCGCCACUAUUGUUUGGGAGCCUCCAAAGUUUGACGGAGGAGUACCUUUAAAGGGAUACUUGAUGGAAAGGAAGAAGAAAGGCUCAUCUAGAUGGACAAAGCUUAAUUUUGACAUCUAUGGGAGCACAACAUAUGAAGCUAAGCGCAUGAUUGAAGGUGUUCUCUACGAGAUGAGAGUGUUUGCGGUUAACGGAAUCGGCAUCUCAGCUCCCAGUGUCAGUUCGAAGCCAUUCAUGCCAAUCGGCCCCACCAGUGAGCCAACAAAGCUGAUCGUGGAUGAUGUAACAAACACUACGUGCUCACUAAAGUGGUUGGCUCCCGAGAGGAUCGGAGCUGGAGGUUUGGACGGGUACAUCGUAGAAUACUGCAAGGACGGAGAAUCGGAGUGGCACGCUGCAAACACAGAUCUGAUUGGGCGUCAGAGUUUUGUCGUAAAAAACAUGCCCACUGGAGAGAAGAUGAAUUUCCGAGUGAUGGCAGUAAAUAUUGCGGGCCGCAGCCUCCCUGCCCAGCUCAGUCAACCUGUCACCGUUAGAGAGAUUAUGGAGCAUCCUAAAAUCCGUCUUCCACGUGAGCUUAGAACCAAGUACAUCAGGAAAGUUGGCGACAAAAUCAACCUGGUCAUCCCCUUCCAGGGCAAACCCCGUCCUGUCGCUCAGUGGUUGAAGGACGGACAGCCAAUUGAUGAAAACAAGGUGGGAAUCAGAAAUUCGAAUGUUGACACCAUCCUGUUCAUUCGCUCUGCUGAGAGAGAUCAUUCUGGAAAAUAUACACUUGUCUUGAAAAUUGAAAACAUGGAGGACACGGCCAGCAUAGACAUCCGAGUUGUUGAUAAACCCGGCCCUCCGACUCAAGUGCAUGUAACUGACGUCUGGGGCUUCAAUGCGGCGUUGGAGUGGAAACCACCAAAGGAUGAUGGCAACUGUGAGAUCUCUGGUUACACAAUACAGAAAGCUGACAAAAAAACCAAGGAGUGGUUCACUGUGUAUGAACAUAACCGGCGCUCGAACUGCACCGUCUCUGACCUCGUCAUUGGAAACGAGUACAUGUUCCGCGUGUACAGCGAGAACCUCUGUGGUCUCAGUGAGGAUCCGUGUCUGAGCAAGAACACAGCCAUCAUCGACAAGAGUGAUUUGGGGUAUAAACCUCCUCCCUUUAAGGAAAAGGAUAUGACAUGCCCUCCUAAAUUCACGGCACCGCUUGUGGAUAGAUCUGUCACUAUGGGCUACAGCAUGGCCAUCAGCUGCGCAGUCAGAGGAUUCCCAAAGCCGAAGAUCAUCUGGAUGAAGAACAAGAUGAUAAUAGGUGAUGAUCCAAAGUUCUUGAUGCAAAACAACCAGGGAGUUUUGACUCUAAAUAUCCGCAAACCCAGCACAUUUGACUGUGGAAAGUACAGUUGCAAGGCUGUGAAUGCACUCGGGGAAGAUGAGGUGGAGUGUAAAGUGGAAAUCAGAGCUUUACCAUUAGAGAAGAAGUAGAAGUAGAAGUAGAAGAAGAAGAAGAAGAAGAAGGAGUAAACGAAUGGAAGCCGCAUCCGCAACGGUGGUGAAAUGAAGAGGAAGUGACAUCUGCUGAAAACAAUAAGCUUUUCUUGAAAUGAUUUGUGUUUAAUAGACUCGCUGUAUGAAUAAAAUAACACCUACUUAUUCUAAUGGGUCACAUGUUCUUAACUCUUGCUCUGGUUUUGUAGUUUUACAAUGAUUGAAUAAACGCACGGUUGACUGCAUUCAGCCCCAGUGAGAAGUAU